GUGUGGAUUAUGAGAUGAGGUUAUGUUAUGUUAUGGCUUGCUUGAGAAAAUGUCAGUUAAUAUCACAAUAAUGCUUAUGUCUAUGGCUUUCUGUAUAGUGUCAAUUAACAUCAAAUCACAAUAAAAGAGUGAGGAUUGAAAGUUUAAUACAGUGCAAAUAAUUAUUAUUUAUUAACUUUUCUUUGCUUCUGAAUGAAUGUAAAAUUAAUACAAUGAUGAACGAUGACUGUUGCGAUGAAAGACAGAAAAAUGAACUUGAUGCAUUGAAAAGCAUAUUUGGUGAUGACUUGAUCAAUUUGGCAAACGAUGGUGAUGGUGAUGGUGAUUUACCUUUGCAUAUAUUGCUUAGAUUGAGGCCCUUACAAAGCAGCUCAGGAAAUACUGAGGCUUACGUCAAAUUAAAUUUACGAGUGGAGUGUUCAAAAAAUUAUCCAAAUGAAAUACCACAUUUAUUUCUGGAAAACAUACAAGGUUUAUCUGAUGCUAAUGUAUCGGAAUUAUUAAAUGAAUUGAUAACGUUCAGUGAAAGCCACAAGGGAGAUGAGAUAAUAUUUCAACUGGCACAACAUGCACAGGAAUUUUUGCAUAAACAUAAUGCAAAGCCACCUGGCAGUUUCUAUGAGCAAAUGUUGUAUCAGCAGAAGUUACGACAAGAAAAUGAUACGUAUAUAGCCAGUAUUCAAGAAAAAGAAAAGAGGCAAGAGUUAGAAAAUAAGAUAUUAAAAAGAAGAGAAAUUUUAAAAAAUGAGGAGGUAAAGGAUGCUAUGUCUCUUAAAAGCUUAAAUGAUAAAGAUGACAGGUGUACGAAAAGUUCUGAAGAAUCUGCUCAACUACUUAAAAUAAAUAAAUGCCAAAAACAUCAAUUCACACUGGAAAUAGAAUUAUCAAACAGGCGAAAAAUAAUUAGAGGCUGCUGCGUAGAUCAUUCUGAACUAAAUAUUACUACUUACAUUGCUCUGGAUUUGUGCACUGGAGAUCCUUUACUAUUAACAGAAUACAUAGUAGAUUGUACCCCGGCUGUUGAAAAAAGAUAUUGUAAUGCUCAAAAUCUUAAGGAAGCUUCACUUAAUUACAUGAACCAAUUGCUAAUAAAUAUAGAGCCGCAUUUGAAUAAACUAAUUCAUUUAAGGCAUGCUAACAUUGUACCAUAUGAAGAUUACACAUGUUGUUUAAGAAACAAUUCUAUAAUAAUUUACUUGCUGCAGCCCUUUUUAGUAUAUUCAAAGAUGAUCGAUACUGGAGCUCAUGAUUUGGCUGAACAAUUAUUGAAAGCUUUAUCUUAUCUACAUGCAAAUAACAUUUCACAUGGAAAUUUGAUAGAGAAAUCUGUAAUAGUUGAUUCAACAGGGUGUGUUCGAUUAAAGGAUUUUGGAACUCAAUUAAUAAAUUGUUCAUUGGAUACGCCAAUCAAUCUACAAAAAGAUAUAUACGAUCUUGGAGAAAUGUUGAAAAAGUUGGCAUAUGUGGAAAAUGAUCCUGAUUUAUGGCAUUUUAUCAAAGCAUGCCAGUAUGCCGAUCAACGUACAUCAGCAGAUAUUUUAUUACAACAUCAAUACAUAUGUUUGGAAAAUACAUAUAAAAUAAAUCAACUCUCAAUGCCAAGCCCAGAGCCAAUAAUUAAAGAGAAUUUAGCUCUUAAUUGUCUUCAAAAUUCCAACAAAUCAAGGAUAUUAUCUGAAUUUACAGAAAUAAUGAAGAUUGGUAAUGGCGCAUUUGGCGAUGUUUUAAAGGUGCGCAACAAUUUAGACGGAAGCGUGUAUGCUAUAAAGAGAAUUCCAUUAAAUCCAAGAAAUAAACAAUUAUAUGGUAAAAUAACUCGUGAAGUUAAACUGUUAUCAAAAUUAUAUCAUGACAACGUUGUUCGGUACUAUAACAGUUGGAUAGAAACAGCUAAAAUGGAGGAUUCCAGAAAUUUGAACUAUGUUGAUAUAAAUGAUGAAAAGUCGUGGUCAGUUACAUAUGAAGCUCGAAAAUCGCAAACAUCGGCUAACAGCAGCGUUGAAGACGGCAGUGACAGUGAUGAUUACAUUACGUUUUUGCACGGUUCGAAGUCUAGCUGCUUAUCAACAUAUUCUACGGAUAUGGAUUCAAAAGGAGAGCAAAACUUACAGUUUAGAUUUAAUAAUAAAGAUGAAAUGCAAUAUAUGUAUAUUCAAAUGGAAUUUUGUGACAAGAGCACUUUGAGAACUGCAAUCGAUGAUGGUCUAUCAAUGAAUGCCGAUCGGUGCCGGCGAUUAUUCCGUGAGAUAAUUGAAGGUUUGGCGCAUAUUCACCAACAAGGAAUGAUACAUAGAGAUCUAAAACCCGUUAAUAUAUUCAUUGAUUCCCGAGAUCACGUCAAAAUUGGAGAUUUUGGUCUAGCCACUACCUCUGUUAUUGCACGCAACGUAGAAUCACAAAUACAACCCAAGGAGAAAAAAUACGUGAAAAAAAAUGUUACUUCAAAUACCAAUAUUUCUCUAACUGGACAAGUUGGAACCGCUCUGUAUGUUGCCCCAGAAUUGCUACAAUCUGGACAGAAGGUGCAAUAUAAUGAAAAGGUCGACAUAUAUUCCUUGGGAAUUAUUUUAUUCGAAAUGAUUUAUCCAUUUAAAUCUAUGAUGGAAAGAGCAAAGGUGUUGCAAGGAUUGCGCUUACCGACUAUCUUAAUGCCCACUGAUGUUCCUGAACGAUUUCAGCAGCAAAUUCCGCUGAUUAAUUGGUUAUUGAAUCAUGAUGCUUUACAAAGACCUUCUUCAUCUGAGCUACUUGUGAGUGAUUUGGUGCCGCCCGUUCGACUGGAAGAUCGUAAUUUGUUUGAAAUGAUAAAACUCGUGUUAAACAAUCCGAAGGGCAAGCCUUAUAAACAUCUCGUAGUAAAAUGUCUGGAACAAAGAAAUGACGAAUCUUUAGAUAUUACAUAUCAUGUAGAUGAAAAUUCAAAAAAUCUAUCAGCCCAAUGGAUUGUGAAAAAAAUCAUAACAGAGGUUUUCCAAAAGCACGGUGCGAUAGAUGUUUCAACGCCGCUCUUAACCCCUGCAAAUUUGGAUAAUGAUCUACAAGAUUCCUAUGUGAAGCUAAUGACACACAACGGAUGUGUCGUUAUACUGCCAGCAAAUUUGAGACACGUGUUUGCCCGAUAUGCAGCAUUUUGUGAUUUAAGAAGUAUCAGGCGUUUUGCAAUUUCGCAUGUGUACUCCGAAAGACGUGUGUUCGGAUUUCACCCCCGUCAGAAUCUUGAAUGUGCAAUGGACAUAUUAAUGCCAGUAUCGACUGAACAAGACUUUGAUCAUACUCUGUUAUUAGUACAAGCGGAACUCAUAUCCAUUGCUUCCGAAGUAGUCGCCCAUUUUCCAGCGCUACAACAAUCGCACCGUAGUAUGAAAUUGCAUUUAAAUCAUAGCGAUUUAAUACAAGCAGCUCUGAUUUAUAGUUCGGCACCUAAAGAUAAAAAAAAACAAAUCUUUGCAUUGUUAAAUGACUACAGGGGAAAUAAAAUUAAUAAAUAUUCAGUUCAAAUGUUUCUAUGCGGCCUGGGAAUAAGGUCGAGCAAUUUGAAUUUAUUAGAUUUCAUUGAUUCGGAAACAAUAAUUGGAAGCGAUUGUCAGAUUUCUACCAAUACUGUUUUAGGCAUUCUUCUUAAGGCGCGUGGAGAAGUUGGGAAGCAAGUAAAAGAUGCCAUUGCUCAAAUUGAAUCAGUUGCUAAAUUGGCUUUAUAUUUCGGUGUUCAGUGCUCAAUGUACAUACAUCCUGGAUUUAAGUUUGAUACUGAGGAACGUGGAUUGUCAUGGCGUCUCAUAUGCGAUGGUGAAUGCCGAAAAAGUUGCAAAGGUGAUGUACCGGUUACGGUUUUAGCAGUUGGGGAACGAUAUGAUCAACUUCUAUAUAAAUUGAGGCAGCGUUAUGGUCAGUUCAGUACAGAAGAUGGAAUUAUAGCAUUGGGUGUUACACUAUAUCCUGAAAACUUUCUACAAACUAUUAUUAGAGAGUCAGAAAAUGUUGCUCUAACAUCACUUAAAGAGAGAGAUACUUUUGUUGCUGCCAACGAUCCAUAUCUACUGAAAGAUGCCGCACAGAUACUACGUAGAUUGUGGGUAUGCGGUAUAAAGGCGAGCCCUCUAAUAAGUUCGCAUGUAAUAACGGAGGAUGAAUUAUUAAUGUAUUCUCAUUGCUGUUUGAUAAUACCAUGUGGAGGUGGAGAGGCUAUAAUUAAAUAUUUUGAUAACGAAAGAUUUCAAGAAAAGAAAAUGGCUUUACCAGAAAUAUGCGAAUAUAUUCUGCGCUCCGUCAGCAAUACGGCUAAUGAUGAACUAACUGGCGCAUAUACGUUUCCAUGUAAUUAUGAUGAAGGCGGCCCACAAUUAAAUAUACUGAUUGUACCAAACGAGAGAAUCUAUGCAAAUCAGAGGCGGAGAUAUGAACAUCAAGCGAAAUGUCAUAUGUCACGAGCUCUCUCAAGAUUAAAUUCUCGAUGCAGUGUGCAAGUAUUUUGUCUAAAUUUGCGAAGCAAUGAGAUGACGACAUUGGCUGAUAAAAUAUACGAUGCUAGGGGAGAAAGAGCAUUAAAUGAGGCUGUUUUAGAAACAAUUGAAUUAUAUCCCAAAUUAAAGAAAUAUUUGUUGGAAGUUGCGGAGAAAAUUUUGUCUGUUCUUUCUGAAGCUGAAAAUUCUGUUCUAGCUUUUUACAGUCUUCUGUCUUAUACAUAUCGCAUAUUGCUAUGA